UUCAAUAAUACAUCCCAUCGGAGCUGACCGCAUUAGGUUCCAUUGUGGGGCCACCAUUUUAUACCAUGACCCACCUCCAGGCCGGCCUGUCCCCAGAGACCCUGGAGAAGGCCAAGGUGGAGCUCAAGGAGAACCCCGACACGUUGCACCAGGACAUCCAGGAGGUCCGGGACAUGAUCAUCACCCGCCCGGACAUCGGGUUCCUCAGGACAGAAGACGCUUUCAUCCUGAGGUUCCUCCGAGCGAGGAAAUUCAACCAUUUCGAGGCGUUUCGCCUGUUGGCUCAAUACUUUGAGUACAGGCAACAGAACUUGGACAUGUUCAAGAACCUGAAGCCCACGGACCCGGGCAUCAAACAGGCCCUGAAGGAUGGCUUCCCCGGCGUGCUGUCCAACCUUGACAAGUACGGCAGGAGGAUCCUGCUGCUGUUCGCCGCCAACUGGGACCAGAGCAGGUACACGUUUGUGGACAUACUGAGAGCUAUCCUGCUGUCGUUAGAAACAAUGAUCGAAGACCCAGAGCUACAGGUCAACGGCUUCAUCCUCAUCAUCGACUGGAGCAACUUCACCUUCAAGCAGGCCUCCAGGCUCACGCCCAGCAUGCUGCGGCUGGCCAUUGAGGGCCUGCAGGACAGUUUUCCCGCCCGGUUCGGAGGGAUCCACUUUGUGAACCAGCCGUGGUACAUCCACGCCCUGUACACCGUCAUACGGCCCUUCCUCAAGGACAAGACCAGGAAGCGGAUCUUCAUGCAUGGCAACAACCUCAACAGCCUCCACCAGCUCAUCCACCCUGAGAUCCUCCCUUCUGAGCUGGGGGGGAUGAUGCCGCCCUACGACAUGGGCACCUGGGCCCGCGCCCUCCUGGACCACGCCUACGACGAGGAGGCAGACUACUGCCCCGAGUCCUACACACUCUCUGUCCAGGACCUGGAGAAGGACCUGGAGAAAGACCUGUCCCCAAAGACUAUGAAGAGGUCUCAGUCGGUGGUGGAAGCGGGGCUCCUGAAGCGUCCAGACAAAGUCACCAGUCAAGAGGACAACAUGAAGCCUCUUCUCGCGCUGGACUGAGCCCUAUCAAACACACACUUGGAGCCAUACACCAGGACACAUUCACCAUACACUCAAAUGCACAACACACCUUCUCAUGCACACAAAACACAGACACAAGUUCUAAAUGUUUUAGCUGAAGCAGAGCUGUUGAGCAAAAUGGAUGCAUGCUCCCACAUGCUCUGGAACACAGACACUUACCCAUACUGGGCCAUACUGGGACCCUUUCAAAGGACAUGGAAAGUAAACGGAGAGCUACUGGGAGCAUUUCAACAUGGAGUCUGAACGGAGAGCUACUGGGAUCCUUUCAACAUGGAGUCUGAAUGGAGAGCUCCUGGGAGCCUUUAAGAGAGCAUGGAGUCUGAACGGAGGCCCGGACGUGUCGUGGUCACACUGAAAGCACCAUGCAAGUUUUU